AUGACCGUGACCGCCGACCGGCAGCUCUCCGGGUGCUCACUGGAUAUGGUAGAUUUCAAGCGCCUUCAGUUCCCAGUCAGGUUGGCUUUUGCCAUGACUAUCAAUAAAGCCCAGGGACAGUCUCUCAGAGUGGCUGGCAUCAACUUGGAGCAACCUUGCUUUUCUCACAGGCAGCUUUACGUGGCGUGCUCAAGAGUGGGCUCUCCGGAACGCCUGUUCAUUUUGAUAAUCAUUUUCAAGGAUGUUGUUUGUUUUGUUAGAUUUGCAUUCCUCACAAUUCAGGUCAUGAAUGUAAACAAGCGAGUCUGUCUCGGCUUAAAUUGGCCGAAUCGGGGCAGGCUGGAAAAUCUCCCGGCCUGGAACGGUUCCUCCUCCUCCUUCUCCACCUCUCAUUCGCCACCUCAUCCUCCUCCUCCUCCUCCUCCUCCUGCGUCUCAUUCUUCACAUCCUACUCCGCCUUAUUCUCCACCUCCUCAUCCUCCAUCUCCUCCUCCUCCUCAUCCUGCCCCUCCUCCUCUUCCUCCUUCACCUCCUCCUCAUUUACCACCUUCUCAUCAUCCUCUUCCACAUCCUCCACCUCUUCAGCCUUCUUCUCCUCAUUCUCCAUCUCCUCUUCCUCCUCCCCAUCCUCAUACUCCUUCUCCUCCUCAUUCGUGUGGCUCUCCUUUCACUGGUGCGAUAGUUGUGUCACUUCUUGCCCAGUGGGUCUUUUAG